UAGUUCAGUUGCAGCUCCCCGACUCCAAACUUCGAAGUUCCUCCCUCUGCCGCGAAGAGCAAUCAAAUCAGAGGAGAGUACCUCGCCGCCGCGGAGCUGUCGGAGCUUCGUCGCCAUCGUAGUCCAAUCGUCGGUGUAGCAGCCUUCGCCCUUCAUUGUUGUGGAACCCAGAAAAAGAGGAAAGAGAAAGUGGCAAUUGUGUACUUUUCAUGGCUAGCAAUUCUUCCACUCGUGGCCACAUGCAGUUUGGAUUACAAGGCACAGAGUCAAUGCCCAGUGUUGUGGAGUCACCGGUCACCCUUUUGAUUAAGCACCUUCCUGAAGCCAUUCCUCAUGACACACUUUCUCGAAUCCUAUCCAAUUUUGGCGCUUCCUCGGUUCGGCCUUGCUGUAGUGGAAGGUAUUUAAGUGCAUGUGGCUUGAGAAGGUGGUGUCAGACUUGAAGGUCAUAAGUGUUGAGAAAUUGUGCUUUUGUGGAUUUCAAAAAUGACAUGGUGGCAUCUCAAGCACAACAGCAACUAAAUGGGUUGAGAUUUCUUGGUAAAGUCUUGCUAGCAGAGAGAGCUAAUAACCCAAUUGAGAAUGGUGGAAAAAGCAGUGGACCAAAGGACUCUAAAACAUCGGUGGUGAAGAAUGAAACUGUAACCAAACCUAUUGAUGGAGAUACAAAAUCAGGAGGCCACCCUAUUCCUCAGCCAAUUGCUGAUAGACUUGGUGUUGAUUAUCCAUUUCCUCCUCAUCUUGAGUAUGCUUACCCUCCACCUGAUGGAAAUAUACUGACCAACAUUGUGAAUGCUCUAAUUGCUGUUCCCCGCUUUUACACUCAGGUUCUACACUUGAUGAACAAAAUGAACAUUCCAGCUCCAUUUCGAAUGGCACUGCCGACACCUCCAUUACCUCCAGAAGUACCAGCCCCACCACCACCUCCACCUCCUCCUCCUAUAACUGUGAUGAAUCCUCGGUCUGCAGAUUUGUCUGGCGAUGAAUCAGAGAUGGAAUCUUCAGAUGAGGAGGAUGGAGCAAGAACAGGAAAGUCUGGACAGAAGCGUGCUAGACGUGAGACCAUUGUUGGCCCUGCCAUUGAUAAAGGUGUGGCUCAUGAGUCUGUUGGAGUAAAACCAGCCACCUUGGUCCCGAAAGAAAUCCCAGUGAUAAAAAGGAAUCCUGUCUUAAAGAUAAAAAUUGCUCCCAAAGCAACCCUGAAUGCACAGAAAGAUGAUGACACAGCAGAAGAGUCACAAGAGCCAGAAAAAGAUAUUCCAGAUCCUAACAAAUUUUUUACUCCAGAUGAAUUAGAGGGAGGAAAGUUGCCUCCCGAGGAAAUCUUAUCACUUCCAAUGUUUAAGAGCUAUACAGCUGGAAAUCCGGCCCCUGUGUUGUACAUUAAGAAUUUGGCAAAAGAUGUGGUUGCUGAUGAUUUCUAUUUGAUAUUUGGGUCUCUGUUUGGAAGUAUUGAGGCUGCUAAGUCUGGUCUUCAAGUCAAACUGAUGCAGGAAGGAAGGAUGCGGGGUCAAGCUUUUGUAACAUUCCCCUCAAUUGAACUGGCUCAUCAUGCUCUGAAUCUAGUGAAUGGAUAUGUUUUUAAAGGCAAGCCAAUGAUCAUCCAGUUUGGUCGAAAUCCUGGUGCUGCCAAGGGAACCUAAAUCUAUGGACACAAAAGGACGCAUACCAGAGUUUGUACUUUGAAAGGCACACGUUGUCAGUUGCUCAUUGCAUAAUUACAUUUAUAACAACAGAUGGCUGAUGAUCCAUUCUUCAUUCACUGACUAGGAGAGGACUCUGCAUUAGACCACAGCCACCACAAGAAUAAGGAAUGGCAGUUAUAUGGUUGCUUGCACCGGCAUUCUUCUUGGGUUUGUCCGAGUGAGAUGCUGAGAUAUAAAACAAGUUUGGAUGCAAUAUCAAUCUAGAGUUCACAUUGUUGGCAAGAGGCGUUGGAAAUAUAUGGUUGGUAUUUGGUUCAUUUUUAGCAGUGGAAGCAAAAGCAUAGGGAGCUUGAAAUACAGACAAUUGCACAAUUAUGGUCCUGACUGCAAUGUGGACCAAGUAGCAAAACUUGAUUCAUUUGGCCGUUUAUUUCAUUAUUUCCCAUCUUAAACACUGCAUUAGGUUUAGAUUCUUGUUAUCAGCCUAGUAAUUGGACCUAUAUGUUCGUAGGAAAAUCUAGUCAUUUGCAGCUUGCAGUUGCUCGAAGGUGUGGUAAGAAAUUGGAGAUGUACAUAUUUAUUAUAUCCUUCAGAGCUAUUACAAAUUUUUUGGCUUAGCUAAGUGAAACAGUAACGAUGAUCCGUUAACUUAAUUUGUUUGAUGUACUGGUUGUCGUUUU